AUGAUGGAAUGGGUAUUCAAAUUAGCACAUCCAAAGUCCUUGUAUACUAAUAGUUCAUGGUCCAUUGGGUUCAUAGUGCCGAGUCUGCUUCAUGUUUUACUAUGUUUUGUAUUGCUUGGAAUAUCAGCGUCAGAAUAUCUAUGUCCUAAUGUAGCUCAACUAACAGACUCCGGCUCUGGUGGAACGGGGUCAUUGAUGGCUGUAUUGUUGUCAUGGUGCAAUUCCUCUCCUGAUCUUUUUUCAAAUCUUUUAAGUUGGACGUCCACUGAUUAUAGUGAUGAAUCGAUGAAUGCAGCAGCGUUGUCAAUUGGUGAGGUACUUGGUGCUUGUGGAAUUAUAUUAUGCAUUGUUAUAGGAUCAAUAUGCAUCAUUAUGUCCUCGACACCUAUAAACUUCUCGCAUCAUCAACGAAUGAUGAUCCUUCGAGAUCUAGGUUUUGUUUCUGUUGCCUUAUCAUUAAUGUGGUACAUUUGUAUACGACACAGAGUGACUUUAUUGAACUGCUUACUCAUGAUAAUGGUUUACGUGCUCUACUUAGUGAUGAAAUUUACUUUUCGAAGCAGUAGCAACGAUGAAGAUGAUGCUGCUACACUAAACGAACAGGAACCACUGGGUACAAACAGAAUAAAACCUAGUAUUAUAUCCGCAAUGGAUAUCAAUAACUUACUUUCCAUUCUAGAGAACUCAAAUAAUUUGGAGGAUAACAAUGAGGCAGAACUCGUCUCAAUGAAUCAAGAGAUUUUCAACAUGAAUUAUGAACAACUUGGUAAUUUACGGCCUUCCACCGAGCCUUUGAGACCUUCAAAGAGGAUAGAGUUGACACAGGGUGCUCAGAGCUCUCCUAUGACUUUCCAACCCUACUCAGAUGAUCCAGAGAUUACUCGCGACAUCUCAAAUGAUAGAUUUAUUGUGCCAAAUAACUUCAACCGAAGAAGAAAGUUGCAAAAGAUACGGAUUGUGAUCUUUGAGAUUUUUACGCCUCAUUUAUUGAAUUUUCGCCAAAAGUCGUUUAUUGAUGCAUUACUUUCUAUUUUAACUGUUCCAUUUGCUGUGCUUUUGCGGCUAUCGUGUCCACAGCCCAGUAAUGAACUCGAUUAUGAUGAAGCUAAUUCUCGAUACGUCAUUCCAAUUAGCGCGAUUUUUUUGCUUUUUGUUCAGUCAGCUUUGUGCCCUAUAAUUUCAUUCAUUCUAAUCUCAUGUCUCCUGGAGACAAAUUUCUCUCUAUUAUACUGGAUAUUUCCAAUGACGAUCUCUGCGGCGUCAGUGGCAUUUAUGUUGUCGUUUUAUAAUACGCUACUUUCUUAUAACAAGUUUUCGUUGCUUGAGCCCUCUGCAGAUCUAAGUUUCGAACAAGACAUUGAUGGGGAAAUGAGUGAGGAGAGAAGAAUGGUUGAAAAAUUAGGUAAUUUUAUUACCACAGCAUUUUUGUCAAUUGGUAUUUUCAAUGUCAUACUUUGGAUUUCUUUGAUAGCCAACUCUUUAAUUGAAAUGCUGGAUAUAUAUCAGAAAAUUACUCAUAUUUCGCAAGGUAUUCUAGGAUUGACUAUAUUCGCAUGGGGAAAUUCCAUCAGCGAUCUGAUUUCAAAUAUUGCCAUGUGUAGACUUUAUCGAAAAAUGCCGGCGAAUGACUAUGAGGAGGUAAAAAAUACAGCAACAAAAUUUUUUAUGAUUUCCUGCACUUCUUGUUUAGGCGGAGUAUUACUUAAUUCCAUGGGUGGAAUCGGAGUAAGUGGACUAAUUGCUAUGUCUUUCGUUCACAAAAGCUCAGAUAAGUGGUGGAUCUUUAGGUUCAUAGAGCUUAAGGAGGAUGGCCAAACAGUUAAUUAUAAGUUCAUUGUGUCAUGUAUUGCAUUAAGUUUUCAAAUCCUGCUACUAGCGGUGAUUUUUGGUUCUCAACAGUCAAUUCACGAAUGGAUCAAAAAAAACAUGAAACCUAUAGGACUGGGUAUGUGCUGCCUUUGGGGAUUGGCAACACUUUGUAAUGUCUUUUUGGAAAUAUUUCUAUAA